AAGAUUUCUCAGGCUUAGUGUGAGUGAAAACCUGAUUUUGUUCAUUUAACCAUAAAAUUAAAUUCAAUUUCUCAGCAAAGCUGCUGACCCACAUCCGAUGUUAUUUAUAAGUGAACAUUCAGGCUGCAGCAACUGAGGAGGCACAUUCUGCCUGAAAGCAAGAUCAACCAUGUCCRGCUCACCCAGUCCUCUGACCACCCAUGUGCUGAACACAGCACUGGGGGUCCCAGGAUCAAACGUGACCCUCAGACUUUACCAGCAAGACCCUUCAACCGAUGUCUGGCACUUAAUAACCACUGGGACAACAAACGAUGAUGGGCGAUGUCCAGGACUGAUCACACAGCAGCAGUUUAAAUCUGGUGUGUACAAACUGCAUUUUGAGACUGGUCAGUACUGGGCCGGGAUGGGACAGACCUCCUUCUAUCCCUACGUUGAGAUUGUUUUCACUAUAACUGACCCGGACCAAAAAUAUCAUGUCCCUCUGCUUGUGAGUCGUUUCUCGUACAGCACCUACAGGGGGAGCUAAAGAGCAACAACAACAAGGAACCGCCUGACCCUUCCUUCACUUUUAUCACUGGCUGACUCAGAACGACAGGGACUGCUGCAUUUUGUAACUGAAUUAACUAAUACUGUUUUCAAAAUGGGGCCUAAAUAACUCAAGCGUCUCCAUGAAAAUGUGCUGUGAAUAAAUAAUGAGUGAAGUAUUUUUUAAGAAACAAUUUUUGUUCUGUCUGUAUUGUGCUUUACAUUGUACUCUAUUGGCAUAACAUUGACAUUGAUUUAAAAGCUAAGCCCCAAUAAAAUGAAGUGCGGCAAGUGAUCUUAUGAAAUGGUCAUGUAACCUCAAAUGAUGUAUUCUCGUUUAUUUUCACUUCUGUUAAAAAUAAAUUAGUUAAAUAACAAUAUUGGGUAAACGGGUAAACAAAGAGUUAAGUAAAAUACAGCUUUACAAAUAUAUUAGAAAUAUAAAGCUGUAAAGCUAGAGAAAGUAACAAUAAAAAAGAAAAGAAGCAUAAUUGUUUUACAGUAAAACAAUCUAAGWUGUUGAAACUGCACUGUAUGGAGGGUCCCGCCCUUUAGCAAAGUUAAACAUGUCAAAAAACGGCAAAUACUUCCACAUUAUUUAGAAAGAUUGUGUACAAGAUGUUGACUGCACCUUUGGAUGCGCACUAUGAAUAAUAUGAAUAAGCUUAUGUCCAGCAGGUCUUUUUUUAGAAAAGCAUGACCCUUCAAAACCAAGCCAAAGUUCCAAACACCAAUCUGUUUUGAUCCAAAACCUUCAGGUGUCUGCUAGAAAGUUGAAGAUGAAAAGGUAUAUAUUUUUUCAGCAUCACAGUGAGUGCAAGCAUACAUCCACAUUAACAACUCCUGAGUUGAAAAUGUAGAUUUUGGCCAAAUCAGUGUCCAGAAAUAAAACUUUGAAGUCAGUA